AUGCCGCUGCUGAUAACAUUUUUACUGCCAAUAAUUAUUUUACUGCUGUUGUACAUGACAGCGGCUAUUUUUUACAUCUACAAGCUGCACCGCGGAAGACUGCAGGAGGCGUACGGGCGAGACUGGAAAUCCGCGGCGCGCAGUGUCGUCGCAGCAAUAUGGGACGUCCAUGGGUACAUCUACUACGGGUACGAAGUAGUCGGGAUGGAAAAUAUUCCAACAGACGAGCCAGUGCUGUUCGUUUAUUAUCACGGAGCGGUUCCAAUCGACCUGUACUACCUCAUAGCCAAAAUGGUCCUGCUGAGGUCCAAAAUAAUCCACACGGUAGCUGACAAUUUUCUCUUCAAAGUUCCAGGCUUCGCUAUAAUCUGCGACGUGAUGAAGCUGAUACCAGGAACAGUCCAGACCUGCUCACAGAUCCUCCAGGAGGGGAACAUGCUGGCGAUCGCACCAGGCGGCGUCUAUGAGGCCCAGUUUGGAGACUCUUAUUACAAGCUGAUGUGGAAGAACCGGAUGGGCUUCGCAAAAGUUGCCGUUGAGUCUAAAGUUAAAGUCAUUCCUUUCUUCACGAGGAAUCUCAGAGAGGCCUUCCGGACUGUCAGCUGGGGCAGGAGACUCUGGCUGAGGAUUUACUCGCUCACCAGAUUCCCUUUCGCUCCGAUCUACGGCGGGUUCCCCGUUAAACUUGUCACGUAUAUCGGAAAGCCGAUUGACUAUCAAGAAGGCUUGAGCCCGGAUCAAAUCAAGCUCAAGGUCGCCGAGGCUUUGGAACAGUUGAUCAACCAGCAUCAGAGUGUUCCUGGGAGUAUCACAAGAGCGCUGCUGGAGCGCGUUUAUAAUCCGACGAGACAUAAAAAGGAUUAA